AGUAAUUUGCAUUUGUGUUUGCAGUACCGUUAUAAUGAAGUUUUUCAAAUUAAUAUUUUUAAUUUUUAGUGUAGUAGGAUCCACAUAUGGGGACAGGUUUCGAUGCGACUACACGUACUCCGAUAAGGCUAAAGGGUGGCUCAAGCUUCACCAAGAACCAGCCAAGUGGGCAAUUGCACAGCAAAAGUGUCAGAAUGAAGGUGCGAUUAUAGCCUUACUGCAACCACCAUCGCCUUCAAAAGAUGCAAUAAUGGAUAUAAUGAAGACUACAACUGUUAAAUCAGUAGUCACCGCAGAUACAAACGUGGCCGAUUGUACAUCAGGCUGCAAGCUACUGACGACCACAGGUACCGUGACAGAUAUCACCAAAGACGAUGGAAACCCCUUCAUCUGUUUCUACGAAAGUCCAUCUUCAAUCACAUUGAACGAGUGCGGAACUGUUGACCGUAAUUACAUAUUAAACAACCACACGAAGACUUGCCAUAAAUUUCAUACAUCCACCUACAAUUGGGAAACAGCUAAUGGGAUCUGCAAAGAUGAAGGAGGUAACCUCGCGGUCAUUAAUAGUAAGGAAGAGGCCAAAAUCUUGGAAGGCUUAAUGAAGUCGAGCGAAAAGCCCGCUUUGGUCGGUUUCCGCGCUAAUAAGACAAGAGAUUUCUACACUUUGGAAAAUACAAAACUAAGCUCAGUGUACAAUGAUUUUGGGACGCCACCAAAUGACACCGAGAUGUGUGGUGCCAUUCAUAAAAAACACGUGCUCACCAGUGUCAAAUGCGAGGAGGCCUACAAUUUCUUCUGCGAAAAGAAUGUCUUUAGCCUUGCAUGCUAUGACAACGGAAUUCUUCACAGCACUACAAGUAAACCCACUGUUAGUAAUAAUAUAACUACACCACUUCCUCCAUCAUCGUCGGCCAUAGCACAUGCUGUUGACGCGUCGAUAUUAAUGUUAUUAAUCUCUUUAAUCUCUUUCAUGUCUUUGUAAAUACAUGGAUUGAUGUAUUAAAAUAAGUUUUUGCUGUAAUAAUAAACAAAAUUAGUUAAACUUAAAUAAAAUAUAUGUAUCUCUAUGUGAAAUGUUUAGUUUUUG